GGAGGAUUUCACACUCAAAUGUAUUUGACCUUCUUUGUGAAAUCUGGAAAUCUGUGGAGGGUAUCUGGCAGCAAUGAGCUGUUGAAUGUUUGAGACUUGAGGGAUGGACCUGGAGAAAGUGUUAUAGCAGAGCGGUCCUACAUCAGUGGACCUUUCAUUACUGGAGUAAUCAUCUGAGGAACUCUGGUUUGGAAUUAAACUCAGUGGGACAUAGGACGUCUGCUUGAUUUGUCAUUGGAAUUCACUGACAGUUUAUGCACUGGUAAAAAAAUACGGUGGGUGUUUUUGUUUUUAUUUAUCUACCUGGACAUCUGUAUGGGAAGAAAUGUGAAAGAGAGGACUCUCAGAUUGGUCAUUGGAAUUCAUUGACUUUCAGUACAGUAACUGCUCUAGCUACCAAAAAAACAGGAGGAACAGAAGGACAUCUCUUUUUGUGUAGAGACCUGGUAGAAAAGGUAUCAGAUAGCCUCAUUUCCCAGGAGGGCUCCCCUCCCUGCCCUCCUAGCCUCCCCUGUCCCCAGCAGCAUGUCCCAGGCUGUGAGGCUGAUUCCAGUCCUCCCCAAACCACUCUACCAUGAGCACAUGGGCUGCUGGAGGGAGUAAGGCUGCCUCUGCCUGGUCCACCUCUGGGUCUUGGUUUAGGUCUGGCUCUGGGUCCAGGUUUAGGUCUGGUUCUGGGUCUGGGCUAAGGUCUGGCUCCAGCUCCAUCUCUGGGUCCUCCUUUUCCAGCCUGUCACUGUCUCUGCUGCUAGCACUGCUGCUCUCCCUUUCUGUCCCUUUGGUUGUCUGUCAUCAACCUCUCUACAAAGGCAGGAACCAGCCCCACAGCCCCAACAGCACUCUUAGUGCCCCGGUGAACAGUUCCCUGGCUGGGUCCAGGAUUGGAGGAACUGGGCAGACUGGGGAUCCCUUAGGAAGGACAGGGGGUCCACUUGGGAGGCAUGUACGCAGCUACAACCACCUGCAGGGAGAUGUGCGGCGGAGAAAGCUCUUCUCCUUCCAGAAGUUCUUCCUGCGGAUCGAUAAGUAUGGCAGAGUCAACGGGACCAAGAGCAAAGAUGACCCACUCAGUAUUCUGGAGAUCACAUCAGUGGAUGUGGGCGUGGUGGCUAUCAAAGGACUGGGCAGUAACUACUACCUGGCUAUCAGCACCAAGGGAGAGCUGUAUGGAGCGAAAGAGUUUGGCAUUGACUGCACACUGAAGGAACGUAUUGAAGAGAACGGCUAUAACACCUACGCCUCAGCCGAGUGGAGGAACAAGAAGAGACAGAUGUUUGUGGGCCUGAGUGUCCACGGGAGGCCACUGAGAGGGAAGAAAACACGGAGGAGGAAUACGGCCACACACUUCCUCCCCAUCAUGGUGUGAUGAUGAUGAGGAGCUUUUUACUGGACUAGACCCUGUCGGAGAGCUAAUUCAGCACUGAACAAUCUUUCAACUAAGGAUAAGAAAGGAAUCUGGACAGAGAGCAUCUAAAAUACAUAUUUUGUCUAAGGAAGUUACUUAACUGCGCAGAUGCUGCCUCCCACUGGGCACGACGUCAAUUCAACGUCUAUUCCACGUUGGUUCAAUGUGAUUUCAUUGAAAUUACAUGGAGCUACGUUGAUUCAACCAGCUGUGCCCAGUGGGGCUGCUUCUGACUUUGCUUGAGAUGGUUUAUUGUUUUGGGGGAUGGACAGUGUUUUCUGUGGCACAUGGCGAAAUAUAAACUCUAUUCUGUGCCAAAUCAUUGGAAGGAGGUGGACUGAAGGAGGACGUGA